UGUAUCUUUAUUGAAGACAAUCGUCGCUGAUAUGGGUGUCCAGUAAGGAUAAGUAGCAUAUUCACGACAUUUUAGCACAGACCUACUGUAAUAAUGGUUUUUAUUUUUGCCUGACCGACGCCCUGUGUUUUAUUUACCCUCGCCGCGCGGGUCUCCUGAAGAUGUCCAACUCAAGCUCGCUAACGUCAGUAUUUGUCCGUUAAGCAUGACCAAUUACCGUAUUAUGCAGUACGACAUGACCCCAUUAUUUUACACCCGAACCUAUCAGCUGGGUGUUCAUAAAUCACAUGUCCAAGAGGAUACGAUGGCAUCCGUGCUAAGCGGCGUUGCAGAUAGUUUCGAAGUCAAUGUCUUGGUGGGAACCAUCGUGCUGACGUUGUGGGUUGUGGUUAUUCUCUGGGGCAUUUAUACACUGGAGUACUACAUAAAACAUAAACAAAAGGCAGUUUACGGUUACCACGGUAGUUCCACUAGUCCGUCCGGGAUCCUGGUAUCAGUCGGCCGGAAAGCUUUCCUGCGCAUAAACUGGCAUGUGUCGCACAAUAUGGGCAACUUGCCGUGGACUUCUUAUUCUUGUUUAAUGAUUACAUGGCUCUUCUGGCUGUUAAUCAUCACAACCAUCGUCACCACCUCUUUAACUGCCAGUCUAAGUAUGACCUUUUCGACACUGCCUUUUAACUCGCCCAGCAGUUUUCUUCAGUCCGAUUACAAUAUUGUAUCGCGAUCAACCGACAUCUUUGAUGCCGGUUCGUUGACGUCACUGAAAUCCAAACGCUUGGAAUUUAAUACAACACAGGAUGAAGUGCUGAUGGAUAUUAUGGUCAACCGUUCGGCCAGCCUCAAGGGAGCAGUUGUUUGCACCAAUGCCGACAAUGCCGCAUGUAGCAACCGGGGUAUUGUGUCAGCAUUCGAUCUGGGGUUACUGCGGUGGAUAACCGUGUUCCAAUUGACAAGCCACCACCCGUUAACGGAUUCCAUAUUAAUGCGAAUGACUAAGUUGGCGCAAGGCGGAGUACCCCGACAUUUAAUGGAUAUUCACAGACUUAUGACGUAUAGUGACAAACAAGCGGUGCACCAUCUGCUCUUCAGAGCCCGCAGACCAAAAAAAGACCAAACCUUCGUGUUCGCGCUGCCAAGACUGACCGGCGUGUUUGACCUGUAUUUUUGCUUCAUAACUGUUAAUUCGUUUCUAUUGUCGCCCAGAAUAGCGCUCGUUCCGGAUCGGCAUCCACAGCAGUACAACACGUCCAUGUUUGGCGCCCCAGUGGAUGUACAAAUGGGUUUGGCGGAUAUCAGCUUGUGUCCGCUUAGCAUGACAUUGGCCCGCAUGGUUGAUUUCGAUAUGCCCCAGCUGUUUGCUACACGCACCUACCAAGUGGGCAUACAUAACUCUCAUAUAACCAAAGGAGGAACAGUGCCCAUUUUGAGCGGCCUAACCAAGACGUUCGUUACGGACGUGUGGAUUGCAACGGGAUUAAUAACCGUGCUCGACUAA